GUGCUGCGCUGUGAGCGCCACUGCGGGGAGCUGUGAGGCGAGCGCGGUCGAGCUCAGCAGCCGCGCCAUGGUCUGUCAGGGAAGUUCAGGAAUGAUGAACUGAGUCAAGAAGACCCUGUUGUAUAGUGGGUGGUACUUUAUGAAAAGUCCAAAGAAGCAGUGUUGCUUUCCUGCCUUCCUUCUCUUCUUGCUGGUGAGUGCAUCUGUCCCACUGCCACCGCUGCCGCCACCACCAUCCUUCACUGACAUUGGAACCCUGCUUCUUGGGGACUGAAGACCAGAAGCUUUCCAGGUGUGUUCUAGGCCUUUGGCACCAGAUUGAAGCACUUGAGGCUUCCUGCCUUGUGCACAGAGCCUCUGCAUCAUGGAGACAGCCAUUGUUGGACUAUCCAGGCCGGAUCAGGAUCUAGUGAGCUUUGAGGAUCUGGCUGUGAACUUCACCCAGGAAGAGUGGGAUUUGCUGGAUUCUUCUCAGAAGAUUCUCUAUGGGGAUGUGAUGCUGGAAACCUUCAGGAACUUCACUGCUAUAGGGUACGAAUGGGAAGACCAGACAAUUGAAGAACAUUAUGAAGAACCUGAAAUAAAUCUAAGGCACAUCGUCUCUCACUCUGAGUGUACGCAGUAUGAACGUGAGGAAUAUGAACAGAAGCCACAGGAUUCUAAUUUUCUUACAAGGGUUGAAGGAUACACAGAAACUCAGACUUCGAGUGGACCUUCUGUAUGUGAGGUAUGUUUAAAGACCUUUGGACUAUAUCACCUGACUUACAAUGGACAUCAUAACUAUGACUACAAGGAAGUUGGAGGAAGCCAGACCGAUGAAAAUGAUUAUGAUGGCAAUCAGUGUGAUAAAACUUCCAGUUCCCUUCAAAAACAAGAAAAAAAUCAUACUGGAAAAAAACUCUAUGUGUGUCAAGAGUGUGGUAAAGCCUUUAGGUAUCCCAGUGCCCUCCAGUUACAUGAAAGAAUUCAUACUGGAGAAAAACCCUAUGAGUGUAAAGACUGUGGGAAGGCAUUUAGAGGUCUCAGCGCCCUUCAUUUGCACGAAAGAAUUCAUACUGGAGAAAAACCCUAUGAAUGUAAACAGUGUGGCAGAGCCUUCACAUAUCUCAGUGCCCUUCAAUUACAUGAAAGAAUUCAUACUGAGGAAAGACCCUGUGAGUGUAAACAAUGUGGUAAAACCUUCAGAUAUAGCAGGGCCCUAAAGUUACAUGAAAGAAUUCAUACUGGAGAAAAGCCCUAUGAAUGUAAACAAUGUGGUAAAUUCUUUAGAAGUCACAGGACUCUUAAGUUACAUAAAAGAAUUCAUACCGGAGAAAAACCCUAUGAGUGUAAAGAAUGCGGGAAAGCUUUUAGAUGGCUUACUUCUCUGAAGUUACAUGAAAAAAUUCAUACAGGAGAAAAACCCUAUGAAUGUCAAGAGUGUGGGAAAGCCUUCAGAUGUCAGGCUUCUUAUCAUAGACAUAAAAUUACUCAUGGUGGAGAAACAUUGUAUGAGUGUAAAGAGUGUGGUAAGUCCUUCAUUUACCCUUCUUUACUUCAAGUACAUGAAAGAACUCACACAGGCGAAAAGCCCUAUCAGUGUAAGCUGUGUGGGAAAGCUUUUAGAUGCCAGUCUUCGCUUCGAUUGCAUGAAAGAACGCACACCGGAGAAAAACCCUAUGAAUGUAAACACUGUGGCAAAGCCUUUUCAAGUUACAAUUAUCUUCGAUUUCAUGAAAGAAGCCACACUGGAGAGAAACCCUAUGAAUGUAAAGAAUGUGGUAAAACCUUCACACAUCGCUCUUACCUUCGAUCACAUGAAAGACGACAUACUGGAGAGAAACCGUAUCAGUGUGUUCAGUGUGGUAGAUCCUUCAGUCGGCAUAGUUCCUUUAAAAGACAUCAGUCUGUUCAUGGCGUGGAAAACCCAUAUGAAUGUCAACAAUAUCUAAUUCCUUUAUCCCCAUUUCCUUCAAAUGAAUGAAACAGAUAUUGGCAACAAACCCUUUGAAUGUAAACGAUGUUACAAAAUGUCCCCAUCCACAUAAAACAGUUGGGAACUCAAGACAGGGAUGAACCUUUUAUAUGUAAACUGUGACAUAGCCUUUCAGGGGUCAGGAUGUCCUUCAGAUCCAUGAAGGAAUUCAUGCUGGGCAAAGUUUAUAUUUGUUACCAAUGUGGUGUCACUUGUCAUACUUCUUUUCAGAGAAGUAAGUUAAUUCAUGCUGGUCAGAUGCCCUAUGAGUGUACAAGAUGUGGUUAAUUUUUCAUUUCUUCCUGUUUGCCUUAAAAUCAUGAAAGAACUCAGUGGUGAAAAAAAUCACAUGAAUAUAAGCAAUGUGGAAAAGACUUCAGGUGUCACAGGUCCUUUCAGUAGCACGAAUGAAAUCUCAUGAUGGAGAGAUUAUGUGAGUGUAAGAUGUGUUAAAACCUUUAGAUAUUGUUGCUUCCUUAGAUUCCAUGAAUGAACUCAUACUGGAAAUAGUUUCCAUGUAACAAUAAAAGCUGUGAGGCCUUCAAGGUUAUAGUUCUUUCAGAAACCUGUGAUGGAUGGUGGGCAGUUCUGUAAGUGUAAGAAGUGUGGGAGCUUAAUGGUUGCUGAGAGAUGGAUUUCCAUUAUAGUGGCUGCCCAUUGAUUUGCCUGGGUUCUGGUAAAUACCCCCAGUUAAACUUGGUGGUUCCUCAAGCCACACUUGGGUACAAUCAUUCUUUGUCCCUGUCUUUGGUAUCCUGUCUGGGACAAAUAAACCAUCAUAAUGUCUUCAAAGUUCACACUA